CCCCUUAUCCAUCUACGUAAGAAGGUCAUUUCCAUCUUUAGAUCUCAUCCCCGGAUCAGCCCACCAACCCAAAGCACAGGAUAAAAGACGGGGUAAGAAGCCGGCAACGGCGGACCGAUGCCUCCGUAGACAAUAACAGGUCUCGCCAUGCCACAACAUAGUGAGAGGUUAUGGAGAAUCAAGUUGAGGAUAGUGGGUUGUUGACCCUGAAAAGUCCAUGUAAUGAGACAGACAUCACUUGGAGGCAGGUGUUGGAGUGGCAACAAUCUCAAGUUGAAACAUUAGAAGAAAAACUUUUGGAGGUUAAGGCUAAUACCCAAUAUUCUGAGGAUGCAGCGAAAAGUGAGUUAGAAUUUCUUUGGUGCAGAGUCAAAACUACUGAAAAAUUGAUAGCCAACUUGAAAUCAGAGGCUAGAAUUAUGGCUGAUCCUCAUUUAACCUAUACUUCAUUUGGGAUUAAAUAUCAAGAGGGGGUCGGGUUUAUUGAUAAGUGUGGCAUACCAUUAGCUGGUUGGUCUAAGGAUGUUGAUCUUUCUUCUUUUGAAAGCUCAGAUGAGGAGACACAACUGGCAGGUAGCAUUAACAUUGGAUCCAUUGAUGCUAAUGAUGGAGCAUAUAUUAGUGAUAUCUUGAAGUCAGUUCAUAUUGUAACAAAUGUAAUGGAAUCUCUUGUUAAGAGGGUUAUAAUGGCAGAAACUGAAGCUGCUAGUGAAAAAGAAAAAGUGAAGUUUGGUUUGGAAGAAAUUGAAAAGAAAACGCUCCAAAUCGAGACCAUGUCGGCAAAGGUUGAAGAGAUGGAGAAGUUUGCAGUGGGUACAAAUAGUAUUUUGAAUGAAAUGUGGCAGAAGGUUGAAGAUAUGGUACAAGAAACAUCCAGGCAAAGACAACGAGCUGCAGAAAGUGAACAGGAGCUUUGUCAUGUGAAGCGGGAUUUCGAGUCACUAAGAUCCUAUGUUAGCAGUCUUAUCAGUGUCAGAGAAACCCUUCUUUUGUCAGAGAAGCAAUUUCAAACAAUCGAGAAGCAUUUCGACCGGCUAAUUGCCAAGACCACUCAUCUGGAGAACGAGAAGAUGCAGAAAGAAGCUGAAGUUCAGAAGCUCAUGGAGGAGAAUGUUAGUCUAAGAGCCCAGUUGGACAAGAAGGAAACACAACUGCUGGCCAUAAAUGAACAGUGCAAGUUCAUGGCAUUGAACAAUUCUAGCAUCUAGUUCAUCAUUUAGUAUCCAUCUUGCGACCCCAAGGCUUCCUUAUGAUGGUAUGCUUAAAGGAAGAGUGCAACAUGGGGGAAGCAAGACAAUAUUUUUGAAGGAUACAUGUGCAUGCUUGUAUCUGUGAUUUGCCUUUGCUUUCCAAUUGGAUAUCAGAUGGCCACUGAGUGGUUCUUAAACUUCUAAUUCUAAACCUUUGAAAUAACAUGAAACCUGCUGUCAUUUGUUGGGAAAAAAAAAGCCCUAUCUGAAUUGUACAGUCUUUUAUUUACUCUGGGUUAUGUGACAUGUCUAUAUUAUACCCAAAAAGAAAAAAACCUAAUCUUCUGUUAGUUAUUUCAAUGUGUCAUUGUUGAAUUCCAUGUUGGCAGAUUCUGUGCAUCAGAUGGUAUGAGAACAGUGGAACCUUAAUCUAAAAGUUUACAAUAAAAGGUGUCCUGUAAAUUGUGUGGUUUUCCUUUUAAACUAUGCUUUGUAUGAAACAUGAUCACUCAUUUAUCUGGUCACCUAUCCAAUUGUUGCAUUUUAUAUGGAAGGAACCAACUAAGAUUCAUUAGCUUAUCUCUGAAAAUACUUAAAAGAAAAAUGCCUAUAUGUGCUGUUUCUAUAAUUCUCCUUCUAUGUUAUUUUUACCUUUCCAAUUUUAGUUGCCUUGUUAGCUGGCACUAUUGCUUUCAGGAUUUACUAAUGACAAAGCAUCUGCAUUAUGACUGGACCAGACAUGGGUUUAGGUUGCUGGGCAUUUUAUUUUGGCAAUGAGAUGAAAAUUAGAGAAAAUGCCAACUGGCCAGAUGGUAAAGUCUCUUGGUUGUGUGCAACCAAACCUGCCUUCACUAAGGGUGGUUUAUUUUAGGGGUUUUGAGGGAGGGAUAAAGGGGGUUUGAAUAGGCCAGGCCCAGUUUUAGGCUGGGGUUGAAAGCUUUUGCUUGAGCCCAGUCUUACAUGAAGCUGGCCAGAGAAUAUUAGUCUGAACCUGGUCCUGGCCUAGGCUCUAGGGGGGUCCAGUUUAUCUUUUACCAAUAUUAAGAGCCUAGGCCAAGAUAUGAUCAGCAGGCCCUAGCUGGAACUAAUUCAAGCCAACGCAUAUGGAGCCUAGGUUAGGCACUGGGAAAAAAAGCUGAGCCUGUGCCCGAAUUUCUACAGGCCAUAGCCUCUGGGCCUAAUUUGCACAUUGACAAUUGUAGAAGGCUAAGCCUGUUGUUGAGUCCAUAAAAUUAAAAAGAAAAAAUGAAACAACUUAGUCCAAUUUAUUAUCAUCUUGCUUUUUUUGGUUUCAGUUAGUUUGUAGGGUUUUGCAGUUUCAGUUUUUGUAGUUGCUUCAGUUUUAUAUGCUUUUAUGUUCUUAUUUUCUGUUUUUUUUGGUCAUUUAAAUUUUCAUGUUUUAGGCAAUGGUUGGUUGUUUCUCAGUUCUUGCACAUAUGUAAGUGUCAUUUUGGUAGUUUCGGUCGAUAAUUAUUCAUUUACAAUAUAUUUGGUACUGCUUUCUAAUGUGAGAGGCCAGCAACCUGGAGGUUGCAUUUGAUAUGGAACAUAUGGGUUUAUGUAGGCAAUCUCGUCAAAACUAGUUUCACCAUAUUUGGUAAGAGAUGUGAUAUUAUUAUUAGAAUUGUCUGCUGUUACUGCUGUUACCCCAUUUUCUCGGAACUUUUAUAUAAUCAAGACUGAAAGGGGAGGUCAUGGAGAAGACAGGAGAAGCACCAUAAAAAGUUUGAGCUAAAUGGUUCCAUGGAAAGUGAACAUUAAUGAAUAUGCUUGAAGAUGCUUCAUAUGCUGCAUUGUGCUUUAUGUGGUAUUCCUUUUAUGUUGUGCUGAUCAUGCUAGUCUUUAUCCAUCUUUAUCCAUCCCAACCAAAAAAAAAAA